CUCUGUUUCCGCUAAUUCUUGCAGAAAAUGAUUUUUUCAGAAACUGACAACAUAACAACCAGCUGAUUUUUAUAGUAGCAAAUAUUCUAAGUCCCUUGAUUUUCUCGAGCUCUUUGUCUAAAUUUUUGCAAUUUUCGAUGUUUUUGAUUUCUUUACUACAAUUACAGUUACGAUCACUUGAAAUAUCGCUCACUAGGGUAAAAUUGGCACAGAUCUGUUUUGUUUUGGCACAGAUCUGCUAAUUUACCAUUUUCACCUUGGCUGGCUUAAAAGCACUCAUUUCAAAAUAUAGCUUGAUGCCGGAUAUUUUAUUUCCCUUCAUUUGAUGUAAUCUACACUGGCUAUCGAUUUAUCUUGACGUACUUUCAGUUUUCUGGUUCCUACGAAGAUUCAAUAACUAUCAGCUGCUCUUUCACGUGAGUCAAGGGAAGCUUUGUUUUGUGUGAAAAGGACCAUUAUAAAUAUACCGUAAUGUUCUCGUGUAUAAAUGGCUGACUCGACGGAAGAACCCAGAGCACGAGAUGAUAUUUUAUUGGCAGAAGUACUAUAACACAGUACAAUGAAAUAGUAAUUUCUAGACAGUAACGCGAAAUAUUCUUGCAAUAAUACCUUACUAUUCCCUGCGUUUUGUAGAGGUCUGUUAUCAGUUGAAGAUGGUCCUUUCUUCAACACCCAUAUAUGAUAUUUUUCGUUACGCUUUUUAAAGGUACUCCAGGUUAGUCUCCUUUUACGCCUGCUACGGUAACUGGCUCUAAAUUCAUCUGCUUAUUUUGUGGAUGCUUGGAAAUCGGUUUUGUUUGCAAAAUGAAAACGACUAAUUCAUAUUAGUAUCGUACCUUGUCGUUCAUUGAUUUCAGUAAUAAUCGAACAUCUAACUACAAAGAAUUUUUGAAGUUUUGUCAUUUCUUGUUUGGCCUCAAAUAAUCAAGUGUGAAAAUGUUUUCUUUAUUGUUUAGUUAACAACGAAAUUUUUCUAAAACGGUAUCCGAAAAGCCAGGUUAAGUCGAGUCUCUCGAUUUCUUUCUGCAUGUAGGCACAACUGCUAAUUUUUAAUGCAAUUCUGAUAAAUUGCUACUGGAUCCUAUUCUCCCAUAAGCAAUGGCAUGAAUUGGCAGCCAAAUUGUCAAAAAUCUUCCCAAUUAACUUCAAAAUAACGGUCGUUAUCUAUAUUUCCUUGUUUGUAUUUUAUUUCACGUUAUCAAUUAUUCAUGCCACCCACUUGCUUUUAGCGCUGGUUUUUUUCUGGCUUUAAAUGUUUUAAACAACCAAUCUGCAUGUCACCUGUCGCGGAAUAGAUUUCAUCUGUGUUUUUUAAAGCCGUUUUGUAAAUUCGAUUUUGCGUACAAAUUUUCUGCCAAUUUUUUACAAAAUGAUGGUAAUUUUUAGUGUUAAUGAAUCAACAUCUCAAUUGAACGUCGAAAACAGGAUAUUAUUAUUAUUAUUUUUAUUUUUUAAACAUAUUCUCUCCUGUCAUACGAGGAAACACCAUGUUCAAAAACCUGAAAAUUUUGAUUUUGAAACCACGAAACCUUAAAAAUCAAGUACAGAUAAAUAAAAAGUAAAUGACAUUUGAAAAUGCUAGAAUGCACAAAAACGAAUCCGAUUGUUCUGAAUGCUCAGAUUCUAAAUGCUUUCUGCAUAACCUGCCGGUGGUAUAUCAUGUAGGUGCUACAAAUAAACAGGAUUUUAUAUUCUACCUUCCCUGUCCAGUCCUGAUGUUUGAAUCAAUGUCAGCACAUCAUAAGCCAAUACUUUAGAUUUAUUAUAGAAUUCUCCACAUUUGGAAUGCAAAAGAGCAUCAACACAAACCUUUCUCCUCUGAAGUAUCUUGAGUUGAAUUUUUUUAACUUAAGGCGAACCAGAACAGGAAGUGGGUGGGAAGUUUUUUAAAUAGGUUGGUAGUUUCUUACCAGGGGAUAUAUACUUUACUAGAAUGCUGAUGUGCUGCGUAAGCUUUCCAGUUGAGAACAGGGAUUUUAUCGCAAGACAGAGAUUGUUCAUGCCAUUUAGACCGACUAAGUUGAUUUAUGGAGUGCGUAACACAAUCAUCAAAUCGUACUGAAGGUUAAAAGCGUAGCUGUUUUCCGCGAAGGAUGGCAUUUCAAAGAGCAGUGGAUAUACCAGGCAUUCAUUUAAAGAAAUUUGAAGUCCUCGGACAAGUUUUUCUCUGCGAACGUGCUCUUCAAACUACACAGAUAUUCACAAUCUGCUGUUCAGAGCAAUCAAGGCUAUGCCAGAGACGAGAGAAUAUGACCUAGAUUAUGGAAGGAAAAUGUGAAAUAUUUUGGAAAGAUAAGAUUAUCACCUAUUAGAAUAAGGUGAAGAGGUAGAUAAUAAUCAAUCAAAUAGAUUUUGCACUCUUUUUGAAUAAGUUUAGUGAUAGAGUGAUAAACUGAAAGUGAAAAUGUUGAAUACCAGUCAUGAAUGGCAGAAUUUAACGAGCUUCCAAUAUAUGCUUCGUGAAAGUUCGAAUCUUAAGGUCUGGAACGAGCGAGAAAACAUUAGAUCUAACAAGAUGUGUGAAGACAAGCGAUAAAGAGAGCGGGGUCGUGAGUAUCGACAGAUAAUAGUUAUUUUUACAAGAAUAUGGUGUUGGUGAAAAGUUCUGAAAGGCGAUAGGAAUAUUGAAUUUUUGUGUUGUUAUUGUUCUUUAUUUUUGUAAUACAUCAUGCUUCGUUAUUAACGAGCUAAGAGCUGACAAUAUUUCUAAUACUUACAAUAGGCUUUGUUCCAAGAACCCUUGGUAUAUCGAAUUACUUUUCUGGUCCUCUUAGAUUUCAUUUUAUUUGUUAAUUUGGGGUUUCAUUGCUGGCACCCUUGCAGUGAUUGCCUAAUUAUUGUUUGGUGCUUCCAAAACAAUAUAUUUCAAGGGGGAAUGGGGGUUAAGGGACCCUUUUGUUUUGCUAGCGAUCCUAUGGCGAUGAAAAUGGACCCCACCGGGAAAUUACUCCAUGGCAAUCUCUGAAAACCUCUAUUUUAUAUGAAAAUUCCUGGAAAUCUUUUUGUUUUCGUUGAAAUCGCGUACGCUAUUUACAAGAGUGAAAUACCCCAAGAAUGGACCGGCCCUUUGAUUGCUAAAUGAAUGGGCUUGAACUUGCUUCAUUCAUCGGCGACCAGGUGCAGUGACGACAAGGAAAGAGGAAUGAAAAUAAUUGGCACAGCAAUCGUAAUUAUCUCAAGAGCUGAAGACAUGAAAUUUAACAUACUAUGACGGUCGAGGUAAUAUCGAACAGCCUUUACAAUUAAUGUCAUCUGUUCUGUGAAGUAACCAUUACAGCAAGCAGAAGGCAUUGCGGCCAAAAAUAGAACUGGUUUUGAGCACACAGAGGUUGUUCUCUUGUUAUUAUAUUAAUCAACUGAAGAGAAGCAAAAGGGGCCGAUCGACUAACAAUCCUUCAUCCACGAUGGAUCUCAGUAGCAACUGAUGACCUUGAAUACUAAGAUGGCGUUUGGAAUCUGUUAGAGUUAUCGGGGUUUCUCGGAAAGUGCUUAAUACAUCACAUCGAAAACUGAGAAUUUUUGCUAGUACGUAUGCCGAUGCACCUGUCAUAUCCCAGAGGCUUGUCACAGGGUUUCUCAACGGAAACAAUAAGAUAGGUGUGGAAGAAUAAAAGCGAAAUUGCCACCGCUGAACUCAUUGUUUGCAGACAACAGGUUUUCGUGAAGGAGGCCUUGAUUUCGAAUAGAUUAUAGAUCUUAACUCCGUUAUCGCGAUUAAAUGGCCACUCCAAGGUUAAGAGGAGAGUAUACUGACAAAACGCUUGCGAUGAACGCAAUGAUCGACCGACAGUUGAAGAUUAAAAUCUCGAGUUUGGACGCAGAAAGUAGCAUUUACAGGAAGGAACUCGCUCGAGAAGAGAAAGCAAUUCGGCAAGAACUGAACAGCAGUCGGAGAAUGUCUCUAAAUCAAACGUCAAAACCGAGAGCUAAUUUCAAUCGACGCGCAAGCAGUCCGCUCAGGUGCAGAGUUGAAGAAGCAAGAAAUGAUGAUAUGUCGAAGUCUAGCUUGAAUAUGCAGCGGCUUGAGCUGCCGGACCAGAAGCAACCGAGGCGUAGAAGCUUGCCUGAUAUGGAGAAGUUCUCUUUACCUUCUUUAGGUGGUAGCCAGUGUCUCAUAGCAAUGAGGCCUUGCGAGGGAGAUCAGAGGGAUACCACGACAAAACUGCGCUACCGCCAGGGGAGACGUCGCUCGGAAAAUGUUGGGACAAUUUCGCAACUGCAAACUCCAUCGUUAUCUCCACGACAUUCAAUCAGCUCUCUGGUCUCCAGUUUAUCAAACUCGUCCAACCGAUUGCAAAAUAUAAAGGAUUCGGAAGAAACUUUUGAUAAAGUCCGGCAGUUUUUACAGAAACUUGAUGUAAAUAAAGAGUUCAGUGAAAGCCAAAGAAGUGACGAAAGUUCAGGUGCUGCCAGCGACGAAGACUUUGAAAAAACCGAUGGGAUUUAGACCUUUAGUUGUUUAUUUUCGUGUCGGAGCUAUGAAUGCCAAUGUUGACGUGCCUCUUCUAGUCACAUCGCACGAUACCUUGUUUACCGGGAGAUUUAUGGAAUCCUAACUUCAAUGUUUUUUCAAUUAAAUCUUUUCGGUUUUCGCAAAACUAAUAAUUCUGUGGGUGUAAUUUGGUUGUUUUCUGUGUUACAUUUGUGGAUAUGAACAGUUUUGAAGGCAUCUUGCAAAAGUUGAUUUGAUAAAAUCUAAAGUGUUCUUCUUUCCCCCUUUGUACAUUCCACAUAGAAUCUCAUUCUUUUUGCAGUAGAAUACCUUUCCGCGCAGCAACAGCAGGUACACAAUGGGCUUCUACUGCCACUAUCAAGACAAUCUCUUUCUUUUUUUACGGGUUUAUAAAAUCGUUUCUCGUAUAGUAUUUAAAUGCUAUGACAAGACUCUCUAUACAGGAUUUAAAUAGCUGAAAUCCAAAACAAUUUUCGGAAUUUAAACGUAGCUUUCAUACAAUUUUCAAUUUUAUAACGUAUUUAUGUCUACAGCAGGUUGAUUUGUUGAUAACAGGUUUAAGUGAGCAAGCCCGGCAUAGGCCAAACAGCCGUAAAAAUUGUAAGUUAUUAUUUUGAAAAUAUUUAUUUGUUUUUCUUCCUUAUUUAUUUUUGUUUGAAUCGGUCACGUGUCAGCACAGCCUCUCACUGCAAAGUAAUGUAUAAGAAGUAUAGCAAAUGACAGGAUGCAGGCUUUUUAAUGGAGAAGAAAACAUAAAACCUAUAACUGAUCUCUUUAUUUUGAUUGUUAAUAUAACUUCAUCAUUAUCGUUUAAUUUUAGUACCGUUGAGUUAAGUUUAUAUUUUUAAUCUUUCUCCAAGGAAAUAUCCAAUUAACAAGGUCGAAGUAACUCAAAUAUAUCCAGAGUCUCGAUAUCUGUUCAUUUUGUGCAAAAUAUUACAAGUACCGUCACACCUUUAGUACCGCUAGUCGAAGAUUUUCAAGACCCUGCACAAGCUUAGAUUUAUUGUGGCUUUUAAAUCCAGUCUGCGGUAGCAUGAAAGCAAUUUUAAACAAAGAAAAACCAAGGGUCUUUUUUGGUAGGUUGUGUUUAUUUAGAACUGAUUUCGGUACGGAUUUGCUGGUAUCCGUGAAUAUCAGCAAACAAGCGUUGUUUAUCGUUGACAAACACAUGAUGAUCUUAGUUUGGUUCGAAAUUUUAAUUUGAAUGCUUUACGUGGGUUUAGAAGUGCCUUCCUAGGCUUCGUGUUGAUUUUUCCAUGGCAAGGAAUUACGUCAUCUUUAUCAUUCUACAAACCUCUGUUGGAUUUCAUUUGCAGUGUCACUAUAUUUUCAAAUAUAAAAACUAUCAACAAAGGUUUUGUUCGGAAACCCGUUUGCAAGAAUUUCCUCGUUGAUUUACUUUACCUGCUUUAAUUUAGGCUGUCGCAGCAAUGCACAUAUUUGCAGCAAAUUUAUUUAUAACAACCACAUGUUAGUUUGCAACUUUAAAAGCAUUCCCCUAUAUAUAGCUGAAACAACAGAUUUAAGCACGAGUGUUGGCAUGAUUUUUUAUUAUCAGCUGUCGUUUACACGCCUGCGAACUGGAAACAUGUCAUAAUUACUUUACACUAUUGAUAAUUAAAACUGUUACGUUUUUUGUAAACGCUUUGCAGAGAAAAGCUUUAUUGCAAAGCAUUCUCGAAAACAUUUACAGUUUUAUAAGUUGAAUAUAUGUCUCUACAAUGAAACUCGCUUAUACAUUCCUAAUUAAUUUGCAUAUUUGCGCUCCUGGGUUUGAUAAUAAUGCAUUCUGAUAGGAAGAACAGGUGUUUAUGCAAACAGUCCUAAGAAGGCGCAUUUGUAACGACUGGACUUUGCAUUCCAUGAUUCCAAAUACGCGUUGUGCAUGAGAUUUCGGAUUUCAAGGGAUCAAACUAUCCAAAUUUUUUAUUGCUCUUUAAGUCUGAAACUUUUUUGUGUCUUGAGCUCACUUGGCCUAGCUUCUUUAUAAUGGCAGAUGGGGUGAAUUAUUUUUUAAAAGCAAAACGCUUUUUACUUGUAUUUCCAAGAUUCAACAGAACAAAGUACUUUUUUUAAUAUUGCAAUCAUCCUGCGAAUUUGAAUUUGAGGUUGUGUUCUGUAAUGAGACUCCUAGAUCUGGGUUGGUAGUCUGUGUGAAAAAUGCCUGAGUCAACCCACCGUCCUGUAUUCAAAGUGUGCGCAUAUUAAUGAUUUUGUCUCAUGCGCAUACUCUUCGAAUGCAGGACGGAUGGUUGCCUCGCUCAUUUAAAUGACUUUCUCUUGUUCGUCUCCCCAACAAAUUUCGCACCUUCUAUUCGUCUUCAGGUUCUUCUAAUCUAGAGUAAAGGCCCAUCUGCUUCUGUUUCUUUUAUCAUCCACUCAAAAGUGGUUAAACCUACAAUGUUACAAAACAAAACAAAACAAAAACCGCCGCUUCAAGGAUUGAAAAGAAAGUACUUCUCUUGAGUCCCAACUCAAUUAAUGCUGGUGUUCCACAAGGUUCUGUUAGAUCUCUUCUUCUUUUCAUCCUUACUAAAACCAUACAGGUUGUCAUUUCACACAAACACAAUCCCAAAUUUCCUUCCGUUUCCAUGAAUGGUACUGAUUUAGACAAUUUUGCUUGUUGUUUACAAAUUUUGUUGCAGGCCUUUCUGUAUCUUCUAAACAAAAUUGAAAAUCUCAAAUUUUUUCUAUUGCUAAACACUCCUCUCAAAAGUUUGGGUUCCUCUCUAGGGCACCAUCACAACUCUUAACAAUUAAUAAGUCCCAAAUCCGCCACUCUCUGGAGUACUGCUCUCAUAUUUGGACUGGUGCUCCUAAGUCAAAUCCAAACCCAUUCGCCUCGUCAGUGACUGUCACGUCACCAAGUCCUUUACAUGAUGAGGAUUGUGAAGGUGCUGGCAUUUAUUACAUUGCUAUAUGCUUAAACAACAGCAAAGCUAAUGCAAUUUUUCGUUCUUUAUUUUUUGGUUGUAGUGCAGAGGUACACCAAGCCUAAGUCAUUAGUACGCCAAAUUGAUCUGUGUUAAACCAUUGCUACUCCAAAUGUACACCAUUUCUAUGCCAACAGAUAGGCCAACGCUAAGCCAAUGGCGGAGGCCAUGUUUUGUCACAACCCUUAUUUUUCUUCAUGUAUGUCUUCGUCGGUAAAUUUGACUAUUGAUAACCCUCCACGCCCCAACUCUGGAAGGGCAAGCUAAGUCACUGGUUGCCGUAGAGAUAGACGUCAUUUAGAAUAAACUGUCCGGCUUUAUUCUUAACGUCAAAGAAUGUAGAAAAAUGAGUUGUGUCGUGUCGAUAAUUGCAACAUAACUGCAAUCAACAUUACAAAGCCAUAUCUAGCGCGCAUUUCAAACAGAUUCAUUAUUCUUCCAAGGCAUUUGAUCAUAUACUGCGAUAAAUUUCUUGGUUAAAUUAUUAUUUUAUUUUCAUUGUAGUGCAAACAUUCUACCAACAUUAUUAAUGAGGCUGCUAAUACCAACGGCCCCACGAAAUGAUAGGAUAAAACUUUUCCAUGAAAAUAUCUUGGUCAAGUCCGUGGUUUUGACGUCUCUGUUGUUAGUGGACUAAGGCGAGUGACGUAGUGUGUCGUUCAUUCAUUCUAAACGUUGUAACAACUGUUACAGAUCCCCAUUUUCGUUUUUAACGCAGAUAUUGUGAAAGAUUUUUAAUAAACGAAAUUUUCGAGUUGCUUUUCAAAUUUGGGUAGCUCUUUUCUCUUUUGGCAAAAAUUUUCGAAGAAAGAUUAUUUUAUCUUUUUGAAAAGCAUCGGAUAAUUAAAUAUUUCUGUGUGAUCUUUGACAAAAGACGUCAUAAUGAAUUGCAUAUUGUGCACAGGGGGAAAAUGUAUUCAAAGUCUAAUUUGGUUUUCAACUAAAUCAAUUUGAAUCUAUUAGCACACCUUUGAAGAAAUGGUUUGCUCAAUAACAUGGCCAGAUGAUAAGACCAUAAAAAUUUAUUGUUAGGAUUUUUAAAAUUGGAUAUAUUCUCAAAGAAUGGUAUGCCUCUGAAUUUGCAAAAGCAGCUCAAUCUGUUAUGAAUUAAACACACAAGCAGAGGGUCUUUCCCUAACUCAUCGCGGCGAUUUGAUCUUAGUUCAAAAAUUUAUUAUCUAGGCCAAAACAACAAAUGUCUUUAGACUGGCCAUAUCUAAACCAAUUUGCAAUAGCCUGCGUGCAGACUCGGAAAUUUAAAAGAGGAGAGAAAGUAGAGUCUCCGCAACAGAGCCGCUUUUCUUGUUCGCUGACAUCAACAUUUUAUUCUAAGCAAUAGAACAGCGACUCAUUAGCGUGCAGUGUUUUUCUGUAAUUUUAGUUGUUCAAAAGAACAAACAGAACUAUUCUAUUAGCCUGAUGUCAAACAUUUAUACUUCAGUUCGUAGGCGCCACUUUGAAAACUGAAAAAAGCAAUUGAAAUUCCCCCAACCAAUCAAAUUCGGUUCCUUGGUUUUGAGGAACCUGUGAACAAGAAAAUCGGCUCGGCUUCGCAGACUCUACCUUUUCUCCUAUUUUCAAUUUUUUCAACAGAGUCUGCACGCAGGCUAUAUUGCAAUGGAUUUACUUGAUUUUAAUGGUAUUUCAUGGUGUUUUUCCAGGGUUUAAGGUUGAACAAUAAAUAUUCUUUAAAUUAUUCGAUUAAAUUUCUAAGGAAAAAAUUUUCAUUACUCAGUUACUCUAUUGAAAUGUCUCUUUGACUAGGGAUAAAUACUGUUCAAAGUAUAAAUUUCUCGACGGCUCCUUUGGUCGACUUUAAGCUAAAAAUAAGUUUCUUUUACCAUCAUUUGCCUGCGUAUUGUUGUAAAGGUGUUGGGGUCAAUAUGUAGGCGUGAGGGCCUAUCGAAAUGUAAUAUUUGGGAGAUUUUGUUAACCAUAGGCGAGAUAUUAAUGUCGUGUCACACGAUAAAUGUAUAAAUGCCAUCUGUUCCGGCUGGGAACUCCGGGCCGGAAUGCAAAAAUAGGAAGACGCGACGUAGUUUUGAUUUGGUGAAAUUCAUUUUGCUCGCCUUCGCCUACUCUUGGUGAUUCUCGCUGUUUUUGAACGCCCAUCCUCUGCCACUAAUGGUCAUGUUGCUUUUCACUGACAGUAUCAAAACAUUUUUGAUUGCUUGCAAAUUUAUCGUUAUGAUAAGCACAGUAAAACCCGCGCAUACACCAAUUCGACAAACGGCCUCGUUUUGGAAAUUUUUUGAAACUUCAUUAUACGACUUUUUCAAGCUCAGAUUUGGUUUUAUCGACAUAGUUAUCGGUCGGAUACAAUUUUCCAUAUUGUUUCUGCUUGAAUUUUAGAUUUUACGGAGAAAUGAAGUUUGAAAACUUGUAAGGGAUUUGACCGCAAAAAUCAUUCAGGAUGAAACUUUACCCCCUUAGUCGCCAAUCACG